AUGCAACAUCUGCAGCCACCCAUCCCUCCCCAAUUCCUUCGUCUACCCAUCGCCAAGUUCUCCCAUACAACCACUGCCAUCGAUCAUGUCGGUCCACUAACCUGGAACCAUAUCCCUGGAAAUGGAGACCUGGCUUGCAUAUUCGAGAAGUUCCUCGAUUCUGGGCCUGUGCCAUCAAAGAUGAUUCAGAAAGUGGUUCGAGGUGAUGGCAUCCUGGAGCAGCUUGAUCUCGUAUUCUUCACUCGCAUGGCAGCGAUGCAGGCCCAGCUGAUUCCACCCCCAAGGUCACACUUUGCUGUCGUUGUGAAGUCGCCUUGUCUUGCAGUCAAGUAUCCUUAUGGUGGAACACAUAUUCGUCGGUUUCAGAUCAAGUUCACUACAGAGAGUGACUACUUCACAGCCUUGGCUCUUCUAGGCGAAAUCAACUGUCCAUUGACAGAAGGCAAGAUACCAGUUCCAGCAAUGCAACGAUUUCCUUCAGUGUCAUCAUGGACAUCAGGGCAUCUUUCCUCCAAUGCUCCCAGGACUACAAACACAGCGGCAACUUCAAUUGGCAGCAAUGGAAUACACUUUUACCCAACGGGAUCGUUAGGAUCUGGAGGGACAACACCCAUUCGAGUAUCAUCUCCCGCCAGCACUAUUUCACACCCUAUGUCCAGACCGGGCCCUGGAACAGCUUUCAACCCCCCAUCCCAAAGCAUGGAACAGCUAGACUUCUUCCAACUACCGCCUACGUCUGCUCUCGCACACGCCUCGAACAAAGAACCCGAUCCACCAAGCUCGCAACUCUCUGCCAUAUCUGCAAUUCAUGAAGUCGACCAGUUAAACCAGAUGCUUCCUCCAAAGAGAGACCUACCCUUCUCAAAGCCAACCGCAAAGAAACCGCGCGCUGCAAGCGUGACUCGAACAACACAGGAGCAUCAUCGUUUAGCUCCAUCGCCAAGUUCUCAACCCACCGAGCCAAUCAAGAAGUCAGAACCCCGUCCACAUCACGUCGUACUUGGGCCUAAUACCCAUUCUGGUGUGCCGGACUCCGAUUCCCAAAUCUUAUCCCAGACAAAUGCUUGCCCCGAGGCAAGCCAGCCAUUAUUACUCUAUGAAGAGCCCCCUGCUUCUCAAAAUACAGCUCUGAUCCGCGAAUCCGCCAAACAGACAUCUCAAGUACCCAAUUUUCAGAACACAUCGCGGACAGAGAAUAAUCCAACAACCUCGAACUGCAACCACAAUCCGGCCAGCAACCCAAAUGAGAAAGACCCAGCCGUCACAGAAGACCAUCUUGCGCGGUAUCUGUCUUCACCAACAGCCGAGCGAAUUGUCUUUCUCGAGAACUGGAUGUGCGAGUUGAUCGAUGAUGACAGUUUCAUGGCCCUGUGCGAGGACGUGAAUGGGACAUGGCGGCGGUUUGCAUUCGGACGAAAACAGUGA